AUUUGAGCACAUGAAGAUACAAACAGAGUCCUGUUGUCUCUUGCUGCGAAUGAAAUUUGCAGCUAACCCUAGCCUUCAGUUUAUCAUUACAAUGUCAUCAAGGAACUACUAGUCAAUUCCUUUAUUGAUAUUGGCCAUUGAGCAGCUUCCAUGAUGUUCCGCAGCUUCCUUUCCGCUGUUGCGCGCAGCUCCGCGCGAACACUACGGUCUUCUUCCUGCCACAACACCAGAUUCCUUCGUCCAGGACAGCCAGCAAUCGGAUCUCGAAGUCUCUCUUCCCUGCCAAAUCUCCCUCUUUUCCGCGCCCUUCGCGAUCAUGACCCGUCGCACACCGCCGUCGUACACAGCGUCUCUGGCCGCUCAUUCACAUACAACAACCUCGUGGGAGAUGUACUCCAGACCAAGGAACAUUUGACUGCGAAGGGGAACGGGAUUGCAGGCGAGCGUGUCGCAUUCCUCGCGGAGAAUGGAUAUGACUACGUGGUGACGUUGCUAUCUAUCCUUGCGAGCAAUGCGAUUGCGCUGCCGCUGUCGCCUGCGUUCCCAGCCAGUGAGCUGAAGUAUAUUAUGGAUAACUCCCAGGCGAAGAUGCUAGUUGCUACGGAGAAAUACAAGAAUAAAGCGGAGGAUGUUUUGAAGACAGGUCUAGAGAGGGAGCCAAUUUUCGACUUAAGGCAAAAGACCAUGACCGACGCCAGCUCUACAGAAUCCGUGGAGUUCCAGAAUCUGCACGACGCUGAGUUGAAGGGCGGAAUGAUGUUGUAUACUUCUGGGACGACUAAUCGGCCGAAAGGCGUUCUCAUCCCGCAAUCUGCGUUGACAGCCCAGGCCAACUCCCUCAUCGAAGCGUGGAAGUACACCCCCGACGACUACCUCCUCCACCUGCUUCCGCUUCAUCACAUUCAUGGUACUGUCAAUGCGAUUUUGACACCUCUUUUAGCGGGCUCAUCGGUUGAGUUCAUGUUCCCUUUCAACCCCACGGCUGUUUGGAAUAGGCUUGCUGCUCCAUUCCUGCCCGAGACGGCAGAUAAGAACAAGAUCAGUUUCCUAACCGCCGUCCCGACUAUCUACAACAGACUCAUGUCUAGUUUUCCUUCUCUUCCUCCAGCUACACAAGAGGCAGCCCGAAAGGCCAUCUCUCCGGAGAAUCUCCGUCUAAAUAUUUCCGGUUCAGCUGCCCUUCCCAGCCCGACUAAGAGAGCCUGGAAGGAACUCAGCAAUGGCAAUAUCCUACUGGAGCGGUAUGGGAUGACUGAAGUUGGCAUGGCCAUCAGUUGCGGGCUCGACUUUGCGGACCGUGUGGAUGGUAGUGUUGGCUGGCCUCUCCCAUCUGUGGAAGCCCGUCUGUACGAUGCCGAUAAGAAUGAAGUCAUCAAGCCAGGGGAGGAGCUCGACGCUGAAGGCCGGGAACGCGAAGGCGAGAUCCAACUACGAGGACCUACCAUUUUCCGGGAGUACUGGGGCAAUGAGAAGGCUACACUCGAGACCUUCAUGGACAGUGAUGAUGGUAAAGGCAAAUGGUUCAAGACAGGAGACGUUGCCGUCCGACGACACGUCGAAGGAGCCGGCAAGGGUACCAGCGGAGAAUGGGCACGGGGUCCGAUGUACUUUAUCCAAGGCCGUCGCAGCGUGGAUAUCAUCAAGAGCGGUGGUGAGAAGAUCAGCGCGUUGGAAGUGGAAAGAGAACUAUUAUCACUUCCUCAAAUCGCCGAAACGGCUGUUGUCGGUCUGCCAUCUGAACAAUGGGGCCAGAAGGUCGUCGCCAUCGUCGUGCUCACGCCGGAGGGACAGACGAGCGGCAAGGGAGGCAAACCUUUUAGUGCCCUGGAUAUGCGGCGCGCAUUGAAGGACCGCCUUGCACCGUAUAAGAUUCCUCAUGAAAUGAAGGUCAUUGAGGGACAGAUCCCGCGGAACGCAAUGGGCAAGGUGAACAAGAAGUCUUUAGUCAAGGAAGUGUUUGGAGACCAGGCAGCGUAAACGCCUGAAGUUCUUCUGUAUAUGAUGUGAUGUACAUGAGGAUAGUUACCAUAGAUAGUAGUGUAUACCAAUUUCGAAAGAUCACCUACACACCUUGCUGCCAUCUUCGAACCCUGAGUGGAACCAUGGAACCCUCGCUUUAUCAACAACAUAACCAGUGGAUCAGGCCAAGAGUUCCGCAAUAUCGUUUACCGUAGUUUCGCGAGAAUCCAGAGUCCUGAUAACAGCGGAAGUACCAUAAAACAAUGACCAGUAGUAAAUUAUUGAGGCGCCUGCCAAGAUUCCUGUCAUUGAUAGUUAGUUAGUUAGCCUGCGGCACAAUAAUAAUUGUUCAUUAUUAUCAAUAAUUCCGCCCAACACUCCGUAAAGA